AUGGAGGUGAUAAUCGCGACGAAACGUGGCAAACCCGGCUUCUUACCGCCCGGUGAGGUAGCUCCGGAACUCGACGAUGAAGAUGCAAAGAUGGACGAAAGGAAGAAAAAGGCGAGACCAUCGGCACACAGGGACGAAUUCCAAGACCUACGCGAGAAACUGCAACGUGAGGAUGAUCGCCGCAAGGCUGACAGAGAACAGUUGGACCGAUAUCGCCCGAAGAACAUCUACAAAGACGACCUUGAUUUCGACCGCCCCGGCUACGAUAUUGACGAUUCGCCGUGGGAUUCGCACUAUCAGGGAUAG